AGUGUCUUACUGUACUUUUAAAUGGAAAUGCCGCGGGAACUUUGGCUCCACCAAUGAUAAUUUUUCGAUAUAAAAGAAUUCCUUCCGACCUCUCUGCUAGCGUACCAAGGCAUUGGGGAAUAGGAGUUUCCGAAAAUGGGUGGAUGACCUCAGAUACUUUUUAUAGUUAUAUAGCAAACGUCUUUUAUCCUUGGGCUAGAGAAAAUAUUUCAUUUCCCAUAAUAUUUUUCGUAGACGGACAUUCCUCACACUUAUCGUACCACCUUAGCAAAUUCUGUUGAGAAAAUGAAAUAAUUUUGGUGGCUUUGUAUCCAAAUGCUACACAUUUGUUACAACCAAUGGAUGUAGCUGUGUUUCGUACUUUGAAGUCUGGAUGGAAAGAGCAAGUCAGCGCAUGGAGGCUUCAAAAUCAACAUGAACCAUUAAGACGACGAGAUUUUGCUCCCCUAUUAGAUGCUGCUAUUAAAGAUCGGGUAAUUCCAAAGAUCCUUCAAAAUGGAUUUAAGAAAUGUGGACUCUUUCCACGGGAUGCCGAAGUAAUGAGCAAUUUUUUUCCAGAAAAUGAUGAUCGAUCUAAUUCACCUAAACAAUCUGAAGACAUCGUGCAAACGGAUAACAUAGACAGACUUGCAUUUAUGGAAUCUUUUAUAGACCAAGAAACACUUAAUAGUUUUCAAGAGCACCUACCUGAAGAACUAGUGGAGUGGUCGAAUAGAAGAUAAAUCGUUGUUUGAAAUUUGGAAGAAAAUGAAACAAAGUUGCGGAUUAGUUACCUACAAAAACUAUUGAAAACAUGAUAGAAGAGGCAGAAAUUGUUUUUGAAGACGACAUUAAUUAUUGAACUAAUAAAUGAAAAUAAUAUUAGAAAUCCUGUUUGCAAUAAUGAAACAAUUGAUAGUACCAUCUUAACUGCUGAAAACCCAAAUAUCACUACCAUAACACACCCAUUCCCGUCUAAAAUAACUUCACCUUCACUUUGUCCUGAUGCUGAUAAUGACAACGUUCAGCUGCACGAUUCUUUUAAAAAUACCUCCCAAGUACCCGAACUGAAUAUGUACAAAUUAUAACGCCUAUAAAACCCAACCUGACAUUGUUAGAACACCGAUCGCCAAUGAAGUGUUCCGAGAAAUUAGACAACACCAAAACUGGACCAAUAGUUCCCAGUCCUUUUAAGCGAGCGCUUUUCUGGCCCGAGUCAACACCCGCGACAGAUAAGAAAACUAAAGAAAAAAUACCCAGUGUUGUAACAAGUCAAAUGUGGCAGGAAUAUAGCAAAAAAAAAGUGAGAAAAAAAGCCAAAAUGGAAGCUGAUAAACUGGAACAAAAAAGAAAACUAGAGGCUAAGAAAAAAGACAAUAACAAAGUCAAAAAAAAAGUUGUGGUGAAUACACAAAAGGAAAUGGACAAAUCCGAAUCAACCGAUGAGGAUAAUGUGCCUUUAAGCCAAAUAAGAGGAAAUUUAAGGGUGGGAAAACCAAAACCUUUGGAUUACGUGGUUGUCAAGUACGACGGAAAAUACUUUCCGGGUAAAGUUAUUGAAACUCGGAAUGAAGAGUAUUUUGUUUCCGCAAUGGUCCAAUGUGGAAGAAGAGGAUGGCGCUGGCCUGAUAUUGAAGACCAAAUCUGGUACGAUGAACAAGACGUAGUAAUGAUUAUAGAACCACCUAAGCCGAAAAACUCUAGAGGUAUCUUUUUCGUAGAAGAAAUGAAAAACUUUACUGAAUUCACAGAAAAUUAAUUAUUUUCCUUAACGUUAAAAUUAUAUAAUAAAAAAUUAACUACAACAAAGAGCAAAGGGGGGUCAGGUACCGAAAAAGGUCAUCAUUAGGGACUUUUUAAGGGAAACUAUAAUGUCUUAAAACCCAACGGUAUAUAGUUUGUCUCAUAAAUGAUUUUUAUCAGAACUACAUUGACUAAUCAAUCUUAAAGUGUCCGCUUUUGGUGCAUCUACCUUACUUGCAAAAUUCAAAGUAAAUACUCGUAAGUGCCCUUUUAUACUGGUUUGUUUAGCAGCGCUGCACUGCGUCCUGUCCUUCUGCUUAAAAGCGCUGCUAAGUCGCCCAGUGCGAAGGAGCACUUACGAGUAUUUACUUUGAAAGCAUUUACUUAUUUUUAUUCAUACGGGCCAUUGUAUCCUGUUAUUACUGAGGUAGAUUUGAUUUCUAAACAGUUACCAAAAAUAGACCUCUAUGACGAAUGCCAACGGUCUUACGCCAAUUAUGUCAAUGAGAACAAUUUAUCACUUAGAUCUUAAACAUCGUCAGUUACCGAUAUGCGCUCUAACAUCGUGCUUCUACUGGUUUUGGUCUUUAACUAUGCAGACUGUGUAUUUUUCGACAACUUCACCUUCGACCACAUGAUCCCGAUUGCAAGUGGUAAGGUGCAGUUGUGGAACGAGACCGAUCAAGACAAGCUGAAGAAGGACCUCUUCGUCAAUUAUGACAGGUUUUCGCGUCCCACAGAGCACUUCAACACGACGAAGGUGAAUUUUGGCGUGAGUAUUUUACACCUCGAGACUGACGAACGGAGAUCUACAGUAACUAUUCACGCCUGGAUGCGGAUGGUCUGGUACGAUCAAAAAUUGAAAUGGAAGGAGGAAGAUUACGGGAACAUUUCCGUUUUAAGAAUAGCAGACCACGAGUUGUGGCAUCCCGACCUCUAUCUCUACAACAGUGCUUCAGGUGGCGAACCUCUGCUUCGUUUCGGAUUGUCGCACGCACUGGUCUACCCGAACGGGGAGGUUCUACACGUGCCGCCUUUGAAACAGACCGUUCUCUGCGAGUUUGACUUACGUAACUGGCCGUUUGAUACUCAGUCUUGCGAGCUGAAGUAUGGGUCUUGGGUGCACCACGGUCAAGAAAUCGAGCUAGGGCUUUACAACAACGAGGCACAUAUUGACUUAAGCGAUCUCCUUCUGCACAACUCUUGGAAGAUUACCGAUACAAGCGCAGCGAUUGCUUCGACAAAGUACGUUUGCUGCCCUGAGGCUUACUACGACAUCAAAUUUACGUUUAGGAUGGCAAGGAACCCGAACCCCUACAGCUCGGUGGUCAUAGCACCAUCUGUCGUGAACGCCCUUCUGGUGCUGGCGCAAUUUUCGUUACCAAACGGAAGUAAACAGAGAAUGUACCUCAACGGGUUCCUGCUCUUGAUUUUGGCCUCUUACCUCCUGUACUUUUUGUGCCUUUUCAGUGGAACGGGGAGAGGGGCACCUUUAAUUGUUCAAUUUUACGCGUUUAGUUUGUACACUGUUUGUUUCGGGUUACUUUCUGAAACGACAGUCACUGUCAUCUCGAGGAGCAAAAAGUUGAAAGUUAUAGAGUCCACGGCUCGCAAAGUCUUUGGUGGAAUUGUUGCUAGAGUCCUGCUCAUUGAGAGUGAUGUGCCACCGGUUGACAAGGAAGCUUUAAUGCGAAAUGACCUCGAUGACGUGGAUCACGAGGAAAUCAAGCUUGGCGAGUAUGCGGUUCGGAAUGUACCAUUCCUUAGCGUACUCGUCAGCAGAUUAUUUUUCAUCUUAUAUUUAAGCGCGAUAGUAGGAAUUGGACUGCAAUUCAGACUUCAUUGAGUCUACAACAGAGUCUAAAAAGUGUUAAUAUUUUUAGUUUCAUUCUUCAUUGUGUUGUAGCUUUAAGAAACAGAAAAGAACCGCAAAUUUUGAGAGUUA